CAUAUGUACAGUAAGCAUCAAACAACGUUCAGAUAAGUAUUACAUGCAUAUAAGAAAUCGAACAUGGGUAGCACGGAGGUAACGUCGGUUCCAAAGAAGUCGAGCGAGAACAACGAUAUCGCCGACGCUUACGGGCCAAACUUAAAAAUCCUUCCGUGUAAUAAUCAGGUGAAAGAGCUGCAGACUAUAUUACGGGACAAAAACACCACGAGGAGUGACUUCAAGUUCUAUGCAGACCGCCUGAUAAGGCUAGUUAUAGAAGAAAGUUUAAAUCAAUUACCUUUUUCCAAAUGUGUGGUAACCACACCAACUGGUGCCAAAUAUAAUGGUUUGAAGUAUCAGAAAGGAAAUUGUGGGGUCUCUAUAGUAAGAAGUGGAGAAGCCAUGGAACAGGGUUUAAGAGACUGUUGUCGUAGCAUAAGGAUUGGAAAAAUAUUAGUUGAAAGUGAUGCAGACACACAUGAAGCCAAAGUAGUUUAUGCAAAGUUUCCAGAUGACAUAUCUGAAAGAAAAGUUUUACUUAUGUAUCCAAUAAUGAGUACUGGGAAUACUGUGAUAAAAGCGAUUGCUGUCCUAAAAGAGCACAAUGUACUUGAAGAGAAUAUCAUUUUAUCAAAUUUAUUUUGUACACCAAUUGCAGCCAAAUCUCUAGUCACUGCCUUCCCUCAGAUGAAGAUUUUAACAUCAGAGAUUCAUAGCAUUGCCCCAAAUCAUUUUGGACAAAAAUAUUUUGGAUGUUCUCGUUUCAUCGUAGGGGAGACUACGAACAUACAAGGAAAAGAUAUUUGAAGAAUUUGUGUUACAAACACAUACUCACGUUAUGCAGAUGUUAGAGUUUAAUUUCAUUUUUUAACAAAUUUCAACUGACAAUAACUAUUUGAAAACUAAAAAAUAUAUUUUUAAUGGUCAUAUUUCUGUAGUUAAUUUAUU